AUGACUGUGGCAGAGUACGAAAACCGGUUCACGGAGCUGCCCAGAUACACUCCUUUGAUCCAAGCAAGCAAGCCAAUGAAGAUGCGGCGAUUCUCUGAGGGUUUGCGGCCUGAGAUCCGCUCGAAGAUGUGUUAUGCUAGCAUUAAUAACUAUGCUGAGCUAUUCUUGGUUUGCAUGGUUUUAUUCAUUACCUCUCUUUCUUCUCAUUUUCCUCUCUAUGUCCGAAUCCAAAUCUUCCUCUCUCCCUUGCAUGCUUCUACAUCAACUAGCAUGGAGGAAAAUGCAGUUAGCUAUGUUCAUUCGAUAUCAGAGGCCAACCGUCUUCUCCCAUCCGCCAGCCGUUGGAAUUCCAUCGAGAUUGAUUUUGGCCUACACCCAGAGUCACGUUCAUGCGAUUCUCUUCCUUCCAAUUACCCCAAAUCCGUUGAUUGCAAUCUUGUUAUUGCCGAUAAACAAGCAUUCAAGCGAUUCAUCUACAUCUCGGUCUCGCUAAUUCUCAUUAUCAUCACAAUCAUUCUGUUGUUGAGAUUUUUACCUCACAAGCAUUCCCAUGACAAGUCUCCCAAGAACCUUGCUCUUGCACUAAACCAAGCUCUUCUGUUCUUCGACGCGCAAAAAUCUGGGGUUUUGCUUGAGAACCAUACAGUGAAGUUUCGUGGCGUUUCGGGCUUGCAAGACGGGUAUUCAGGCAAAAUCCAUGUUGAUCUUGUUGGUGGAUUUUAUGAUUCGGGCAAUAACGUUAAGUUCGGAUUUCCAACGGCUUAUACAAUCACUUUACUGAGUUGGUCAGUAAUUGAAUACCAUCGAAAAUACACUGCGAUGGAUGAACUUGAUCAUGUCAGGAACAUUAUCAAAUGGGGAACUGAUUAUUUGCUUAAGGUCUUCCAUCCUUCCAAUUCUACUACUGAUCCCGCCGUCUUGUAUUCUCAAGUUGGAAGUACAAGCACUAAUGUGGUUAGUGAUAUUACUUGUUGGGAAAGACCUGAAGACAUGGAAUACCCGCGGCCUGUUUCCAUGUGUAAGUUGGCAUCUGAUCUAGCUGGAGAAACUGCUGCAGCAUUGGCAUCAGCGUCAUUAGUUUUCAAGGAUGAAAAGGCUUACUCGAAAGAAUUAAUCCAGGUAGCAGAAGAGUUAUUUGCAUUUGCAACAAAUGAAGAAAACCUAGGACGCUACACCAUGGAUAAAGAUUGUGGAGCUGAAGCACAAAAUUUCUACAAUUCUUCUGGUUACUUGGAUGAGUUGGUUUGGGGAGGAACAUGGUUGUUUUUCGCCACUGGAAAUGAUUCAUACCUUAGAAAUGCGACUGAGAUGUUCGAGUCCGCCAUGGAAGCGGAGCUGACUGCUGAUACAGGAGUUUUUUACUGGAAUAAUAAGCUUCCGGCAGCUGCGGUUUUGCUAACAAGACUAAGAUAUCUCCACGAUCUUGGCCACCCAUUUGAAGCCACACUAAGAUCAAGCUCAAACAUGACUGAUAUGAUCAUGUGUUCUUAUCUCUCUAUUCAUCAAAACUUCAACAUGACACGAGGUGGGUUGAUUCUCUUGAGGCCUGAUCAUGGUGGCCCACUCCAGUUUGCAGCGGCUGCGGCGUUUCUUAGUAAAUUAUACAAAGACUAUCUUGGUAUUAUUAGGAGUUAUGGAGGGAGUUGUGGCUCUCAGUCAUUUUCCCUACAAAUGUUAAACACCUUCUCUACAUCUCAGGUGCAAUACAUACUAGGAAAUAACCCAUUGAAGAUGAGCUACUUGGUGGGUUUUGGAGACCAUUUCCCAACCCAAGUACACCACAGGGCUGCAUCAAUUCUCUGGGACGACCAAUACUACUCUUGUGCUGAAGGGAGCAGAUGGCUCCACUCAAGAGAUCCUAAUCCAAAUGUCUUGAUAGGUGCCAUGGUAGCUGGCCCAGAUCAGGAUGAUAAGUUCUCGGACGAGCGGGAUGCGCCCCAAUACACAGAGCCUAGCUUAUCGGGCAAUGCUGGUCUAGUUGCGGCCCUGAUCGCACUUUAUGAUCCUACUUCCCCCUCUUCGACGUCGAAUGAGAUUGAUGGAGGCAUUGAUCAGAUGGGUAUCUUUGCAAACAUCAUGUAG